UGAAUUAGACCACUUGUUCCUUUCGCUUCGAUUGUUGUACAUUGAUAAUCCUUUCUUACCGGUAUUCUAUUUGUAGUGAACCGUUGUACGCUCUCUCCUCUCCCACUGCGUCGCCAGAGUCGAUUCCCCCAUAAAAGACUGAUUUGUGAGGUAUUCCACUGUAAAACCCAUGAUUCUUAUUGUCCAUUCUCUUGAAUUCCAUAUCCAAUACGAAGAAAUGAUGGUUUGCUUUGCUUGAGUUCGUUCAGUAAUUCUGACGAACAAGUGGUGUACGCCGGCGAUGAUUCUGUGUUCGGCCGAGUUGGAUUCCUGAAAAAAACUAACCAUUUCGACAGAUGCUGUUCCGCGUGGGGUCCCUCUCAUCUAAAACAUCUCUUCUUCUUUCUUUCUUCCGCAAGAGCUCUACUGCACAAUUUGUCCAAUCCAAACGCUUCGAUUCUCUACUAUGGCGCAGAUAUACUUCGGUGACAAUACUAAUCAAUCCCCAAAAACAAGCCUAUGGUACCAUUUCCAUGGCGAGAAAAGCAUCACACUACUCCACCACCUCCGCCGAGGCUCUCGUUCAAAGUUCUACAAAUUCGGGUACUCGAAUGUCGAAGAAAAAAGCACGCAGGGAGGCCCCAGAAAUGAUUCUACGUGUCAAACUCGACCUAUGCUCGAAGGACGGUAACUUGACGGAGGCUUUAUGCCUCUACAAUGAGGCCAGGGCUAAUGGAGUUCAGCUCAAUGUGCAUCAUUACAAUGUAUUGCUUUAUCUGUGUUGCCCUAAUCGUGAUCUCAGCAAGGAAGAUGAAGGGAAUCUUACAAUGUUGGAUAGAGGUUUCGAGAUUUUUAAGCAAAUGGGAAUCGAUAAGGUCGAGCCAAACGAAGCGACAUUCACAAAUCUUUCGAGAUUGGCAGCUGCGAAAGAGGAUCCAAGAUUGGCUUUUGAUCUCGUUAAGCAAAUGACGGAACAUGGAAUCGUGCCAAAAUUGAGGUCUUAUGGGCCAGCACUAUUCGGCUUUUGUAAGAAGGGAAUGGCUGACGAGGCGUAUGAGGUGGAUUUCCAUAUGAGGGACAAUGGGGUAUUGCCUGAAGAGACUGAGCUUACUGCACUUCUGAGAGUUAGUUCUGAAUUCAAGAAAGAGGGGAAAGUGUAUGAAAUGAUACACAGAUUGAGGACAACAGUGAGGCAGGUGUCGGAGGAGACUGCAGCUACGAUUACGGAUUGGUUUAAGUCGAAAAUAGCUUCUGAAAUUGGGGAAGAGAAAUGGGAUAUGGAAAAAGUGAGGAAAGGGUUUUUGGAGGGAGGGGGUGGAUGGCAUGGUCAGGGAUGGCUGGGGAAAGGUGAUUGGAGAGUGGUGAGAACCACCAUGGACGAGAGUGGUGUGUGCCGCUCGUGUGGAGAGAAGCUCGUUUGUAUUGAUAUUGAUCCAAAGGAGACGGAGAAGUUUGCAGAGUUGUUGGCUACAUUGGCUAGUCAGAAAGAAGCAAGAACCAACUUCGCAAAAUUUCAGGAAUGGCUUCAACGGCAGGGUCCAUUUGAUGCUGUAGUUGAUGGUGCAAACUUGGGUCUUGCUAAUAAACAUACUUUCAGUUUCUCUCAGAUCGCGAGAGUUGUGAAUGAAUUGCGUCAAAUCAGCCCAUCAAAGAAAUUGCCUCUUAUUAUUCUACACCAAGGCCGAGUAAGUGGUGGCCCUGCCCAAAAUCCGAACAAUAAGAGAUUGUUGGAAAGCUGGAAAAAGGGUGGCUCACUUUACGCAACGCCUCAGGGUUCAAAUGAUGAUUGGUAUUGGUUAUAUGCUGCUGUCAGUUGUAAGUGUUUGCUGGUGACAAACGAUGAAAUGAGGGAUCACUUGUUCAAUCUUCUCGGCAAUAACUUUUUCCCUAGAUGGAAAGAAAAGCAUCAGGCGAGGUUAAAACCUUCUGGAGAUGGGCUGCUCACCCUACACAUGCCGCCACCGUAUUCACAUGUCAUCCAGGAGUCGAAACAAGGUAAUUGGCACAUACCAACCGUUACUGGAGAUGAUCUUGAGACUCCAAGACAGUGGAUUUGUGCAACAAGAACAAGACUACAUGAAUAGGCUUCGCUCCAACACAGGUAAAAGGUUAUAAACGACUUUGUUAAUUCAUUUAUAUCAAACGAGUUAUGGUUGGAAAAUUCGUCCUGCAUUCAAUUGACAUUAGAAAUUUGUAAAAUGAGUGUAUUAUUUGACUUUUUACUAAGUUAUAAAAGAAGUCGGGCGUUUUAAU